UCACCGCUGACAAUCUGUGGUAGCUGGCUAGCUGGCUGGGAUGAGGCUGAAAGCAGGAGCAUCCUCUAGACGAUUUAAAAUCUAAAUAGUCUAAUAUUUGCCUGUAUAUUUACAAUAGUGAUAUUGCCACAGAUCUCUGAUUCAAGACAAGAGACCAGCUGCCAAAAUGAUGGAAGAAAUAGAUCGAUUCCAAGUGCCGACUGUUCAUUCGGAGAUGCAGCCUUUGGACCCGGCAGCGUCCUCCACCUCGGAAGGGGACUCGGACACAAGGGAGGGGGAGUCGGUGGCCAUGAACUACAAGCCCUCCCCGCUCCAGAUGAAAAUCGAGAAACAGAGAGAGCUGGCCAGGAAAGGGUCUGUGAAGAACGGAAAUGUGGGCAGCCCAGUCAACCAGCAGCCCAAGAAGAACAACGUCAUGGCCAGGACACGGUUGGUUGUCCCCAAUAAAGGUUACUCCUCCUUAGACCAGAGCCCUGAUGAGAAGCCACUAGUAGCACUGGACACAGACAGUGACGAUGACUUUGACAUGUCCAGAUAUUCCUCAUCGGGAUACUCCUCGGCCGAGGUGAGAUGUCUGAGGGACCAGCAGAUCAACCAAGACCUGAAUAUACAGCUGCUCAAGGACGGCUAUCGGCUGGACGAAAUCCCAGACGAUGAGGACCUCGACCUAAUCCCGCCAAAAUCUGUCAACCCCACUUGCAUGUGCUGCCAGGCCACCUCUUCCACUGCCUGCCAGAUCCAGUAGCCCGCAUUGCUCCUCCACACCACCCUCCCCCCCCCCAUCCCAACAACACCUGUCUGCAGUGAGUUUACUUCGCCACUAGAGCGGCGACAGAGAGCAAUGAUUAAAACAAAUAAAAACAAUGGUAAUAUUAAUAAAGAGA